CAGACAACCAUGCCUUGGACGCUGAACGAAACGGCGAAUCGAGGAGGGCCGAAUGUUCAACAUGAAAUUUCUGCUCACCAGCCGUAUGAAAUAAUCCAGACUCCUCAAGGUCGAAUCUCCAUCAUCUCUCCCUCGCCACAGGAGCAGCACCUUCAACGCCUUGGCCGCUUAAGUAUUGGUCCCUGGGGCAUUAGAUUACAGACCAUCGAUGUCGAUCUUGCAAUCGUACCUGCCAAUCCACGACCAGGCUCCCAACCCAACGGACCAAGCGAGGAGUACAAAAUCCAUGGGAAGCCUUCAUAUGGUGGUGAAUCAAUAUUCCUUCGUGAGGGCGAUUCUCUUCGCAUCCCGAGCAUCAACACGAAUUUGAAACUGGAGUGGCGCGAGGCAGAAGUGCAGGUUAACUCAUCAGUGUCUUUCAAUCCGGAUGUUACCCACCAAGUCAAGCCUCAAGGUGAAGAACUGUCCGAGACUGAAGAUGAAGAUCUCGAUUUGAAUGAUAAGGAGCCAAAUCUAGGCAACUCUAUUCUUGACCCCCAACCUACUCCUCAUGCCUCAAUCGCACAGUCCGAGGUGGUGGUUCAUGAAACGCCUCACGCAGUGAGAAUCGCUGAAUUAUCUCGAGGCAACUCUGAGAAUGGCCAUCAACCUGACCCCGAAACCAAAGCAAUUGAUGGCGAGGUAUUCUCAACUGCCAUUUCUGGCCACAAUACUGAAAUGAAAGAUUCUCCGCCCGCCCUAAGGAGACGAAGGCCUCAACCCGUCGUCCAAAUCCCUUCAAAGCGCGACAGCCCCAUCCCAGAAACCAGCGAGGAUACCACAGAUACAACACCACCUCCAUCCAACAAGCGCAAGAAACCGAACAACACCGCUCCCAGUCCAACAAGCACAAUCUCCCCCGACAUCCCAGCCCCAUCAACCGCACGCCGAAAGCGAGCACAACCCGGAGCCACCACACCCCUCGCCUCCCAAUCCUCAACGUCCCCAAUCCAACUCUCCAAACCAAAAGUCGCCUUCAGCAACUCCAACGCCGCCAACAUGCCCACGAUGAUGAAAUUCCUAAAACGCCACGGCGGCACCAAAGUCGACACCGUCCGCGAAAACGAAUGCACACUCCUCUGCGUAAACUCCGGGCCCCUCAAAAAAUCCAUGAAACUCCUCCUCGCCAUCGCCCUCGGCAUCCCCAUCGUCUCCGACCAAUGGCUUCUCACCUCCGCCAAGGCAGACGCCCUCCUCGACCCGCACGCCUACAUCCCGCAGGUUCCCGACCAAGAACGCGACUGGCGCUUCACGCUCGCGGACGUGUGGGCGAAACCCCAGCGGUCCCUCCUCGAGGGAAAGACCGUGUACUUCACGCCGGCCCUGAAGGCGAUGUACAAGCCGUUCGCGGAGAUCGAGCAGGUGUGCAAGGCGGUCGGCGCGCGGCGCACGGUGUCGAAGCCGGCGAGGGAGGUCAAGGAUGGGGAGGGCGUGGUCGUGCUGGCGCUCGAUGAGACGGAUCCUGAUGUCAAGGUCCUGGCGGACGGUGGGGUGAAGUGCUAUUCGAGGGAGUUGCUGGCGAGUAGUAUACUGCGUGGUGCGGUGGAUCUCGAGAGUACGGAGUUUAGGCUUGGGGGGCAGACGCAGGUGCGGGAGGAAAGUCCGAAGCAGAGGAGGGGACGGUCGAGGAAGGGCUGAGUGUAGCACGGUCGGUUGCUUGUGAAGUUGGAGGUGUAUGAGAUAUCUUCGAGAAAGGAAGACCUGCAUCAUAGACAUACACUUUUACGAUGAGACGAGAUCACAUGUCACGCACGAAUAGCAUAACCCAAG